CGGACCUUGGCAUUCGUGUGUCUCGCAAUAUCUCUUUGUCUUAGUCUAACAAUUAUGCAUUCUUUUGUCGCAAACCCAUAAUUAUACACAGCACUAAAUCCGGCCCGACCUUGGGCUUCUUUGUCCACAAGCUCUUACAGAACAAUAAAGAGAUGCUGUUAUAUCUAGAGAGAAGAGUGAUUCGCGCUCCCUCAACUAGAUUCUUUCACUGCGGCCGCGCAAACGUGGAAUAUGCCAGUAACUACUAGGUCCCAGGCCCGUCUUCUUCUUUCGGCGCAGGGUGUAGAAUCGCAGCUUGCUCCCAAGCUAUCCAAGACACAGCAAUCCGUUAAGACUACAAAACCAGCUGCUAUUCACGAUGGCAACCCGCCUCAGGAUUCCGGCAACGACAAACCGGCUCUGGACUCUCCUCCUGUCUUCUCCACAGAAACCUCUUGGUCUUGUCUAAAGUGCUCCUGUCAAAAAGGCGUCUUUGCAAACUUGGUCGACAGCUGCGUCCAGUGUGCGCACUCAAUGGACGAUCAUGCGCCACAUCAGCACGAUCCUUGGAACCCCGGCGUCGACUAUGUCUGCAACCGAGAAGAACUAGUCACCACAGUUCUACAGCGCGCACGGCAUUACGGAGUUGUGGUCAUUCGCGCGACGCCCCAGGUCGGAAAAACUACCUUGCUCAAGCUACUAGGCCAUCGCAUCGCCCAUCAAGAGUCCGAUCUAGAACCGGUGAACUUCAUUUGGCAGAAAAAUGAGCGGCGCAAUUUUCGAUCGCACUGGGGUUAUCUAGAGUUGGAGAGGGACGCUUGGCGAGGAAUGAACGCCAAAAUUCGCCCUUACAAUCCGGCAGCCCGAGUCGUUUAUCUCAUCGACGAAGCUCAAGACUCAUAUGACGACGAAGCCUUUUGGUCCAUGUUGAAGAAUCACCAUAUCACAAGGUCGCAACCUCUUUUCGUGCUCGUUUGCCUCUAUGGGGCUGCUGGUGUUUCCCACAUACAGGAUCCAUCAAUUGAGUCUCAGGCACUACUAAUGCAUUCUAUGCACCGCAUAGAACUGCGCGCUAUGCAUGGAGGUCCCCGUAUGCUCUUUCGGCGAGAGGAGUUAUCCUUUAUCAUUCAGAACUUUGCCACUGUGAACGGCUAUCAACUCGAGGACGGAGUCAUUGAGUACUUGUAUAGUGCUACUGAUGGUCAUCCGGGCAUGGUUGGACUGCUACUGUCACACUUGACGCACACCCUUUAUGGCAAAGAUCGACCUCGGACGCUGUCGCCAAAUUUCUUCCACAAUCUGAUCGUCGAAGAUGAAUACAGUUUCAUCUAUUACCUCACUCGUUGGGGUAGAGGGUUCUGGAUACCUCGGAGUGAGGAAUAUGUGAAAGACCGUCUCGAAUUAGCCAAAUACAGCCAUCUUGUACUCCCGGAUAUCAAAAAAGCACUCAGGGAAGUAGCUGAGCAUCCGGAUGGACUCACGCUCUCUGAGAAGAAAGACGACGCAUUCGCGUUUUGUCACAAAAUGGGCUAUCUGCAUACCGAACAGCCAGUACAAGGGAGCAAAGAAACAAAAUUCACCUUUGCAUCUCCGCUCCAUCGUCGGGUCGCCCAUCGCCGUCUCAUCUCGCGCCCAGAACGAGACGCCAUCAACAAUCUCAGUCUCAAGGAGACUUGCACCAAUGCCAUCGCUCGAUUCAGCCCAGGUGCCCUCUGCAACCGCCGAGGUGCCCGGUCCAAUCGGGGCUGGAGAAUUCCGGAAGCCGCCUUUCAAUUCGAGCUGUAUUGCUGUCUGAACCUCGAGCUGCGUUGUCUCCCUAUCCUGUCCGAAUAUUCCCACACCAGCGAUGGCCGCAUUGACUUCUACGUCUCGGAUAAGAAGUGGGGUAUCGAGCUGCUGCAGUGCGGAAGUACCCGCGAGAUCGCAGAGCAUAUCGCUCGAUUCGCAAGCGAUGGUAGAUAUCAGGAUUGGGGCAUUAUGGACGACUACAUCAUCCUCAACUUCUGCCCUCGAUCUUCGCUUCGCAAAGCUCGUAUCGAUGAUGAGAAAAUCCGGUCGCACUUCUUCCACGUCGUCAUCGAGCCCAACCAGUUCGCAGCUGAAAUCUAUACGCACGAUAAACAGCUGCUUCAGUCUUUGUCGUUGGGCGAAGGCAGACAAAGAGCAAAUGCAUACGACUUUCUCGGCUCCAACAACCAACUUCCUGAUACAGAAGAUCGCCUUUCGCCUCCACCAAAUGGAACAACACCGGGGGAGCAGGCGACGGCGGAAGGCAUGAAGAAGCUGAGGCAAGAGAUGCAGCGAAAGGAGGAGGAGAUGCAGCUACAGAUGCAGAGAGAAAGAGAAGAGAUAAGGCUACAGAUGCAGGGAGAAAGAGAAGAGAUAAGGCUACAGAUGCAGAGAGAAAGAGAAGAGAUAAGGCUACAGAUGCAGAGAGAAAGAGAGGAGAUGAGGCUACAGCGAGAGAAGGAUCAUGGUGAGCCCGUACAAGCGCAAGACAAGUCAGUUUCAGUUCGCGGGGGCAGGAAACGGAAAAGAUGAAGCAAG